GUAAGAAUUAUGUAUGUAACAGAAGUAAAUGUAAUUAUGUUAUGCAACAGAAGUAAACGUCAAGGUACGCUAAAAAAUAUUGAAGAUAAUGGAAAUUAAAUGAUCGCGUUUCACGUUAACGUAAUGUCAGCAUUGACCAAUUUUAGUGCAUAAUUGCGUAUACUUCAAAAUUGCGUAUACUCAUUAUGACAUAAACCGCUACUAGGAAAUAUAUUAUGAUCUAAGCAUUCGGAAAUGUUCGCGGAUCUUCGGAGGUCUUUCGGUUGAAUCGUGAGUAAAAUACGACCAGUACGUGACUCGUUUUGCCUUCGCCAUACUUUACGUCCAAGCGUGACACCACUCUAUUAAACCCAAGCAUAAGGGGGAGGGAGAGAGAAAGAUAGAAGCAAAGUGAAACGAAGGAAGGAAUGCAUGAGUAAGGGAAGGAGAAACAGAAUUAUUGUGGAUUCUGAUUCUGACCACACGUUCAGUCGUUGAGGAAGCUUCGAAAGUGUUGGUCGACGCUGUAGUUAAUUGUGAACGUAUUUCGUAGCAAAAAUAAAAAUGAUCAUCCAAAUUAUGAGUGCCGAUGAAUUAAAAAGUCAGCUUGAGAAAGCUGGAGACAAUUUAGUUGUAAUUGAUUUCUUUGCUAUUUGGUGUGGACCUUGCAAGAUAAUUGCACCCAAAUUAGAAGAGUUAUCGAAGGAAAUGGAAGAUGUUAUCUUUCUAAAAAUUGAUGUAGAGGACUGUGAAGACGUUACUAGUGAAUAUAAAAUUACUAGUAUGCCUACUUUUGUUUUUAUUAAAAACAGUAAAGUGCUGGAGACUUUCUCUGGUGCUAGGUACGAUAAACUUAAAAGCACAAUUCAAAAGCACAAUUCAAAAGCACAAGAGAAUGAAGGGAAUGAAGGGAAUGAAGGGAAUGAAGGGAAUGAAAAGAAUGAAGGGAAUGAAAAGAAUGAAGGGAAUGAA